UAUUACAGUGUUUUUCUUUUCUAUAAUUUUGUACGGUCAGUUCAGUUCAGCUUCAAAGAAGAGAGCACGAAGCUUAUCUCAAGCUUGGAAAACUUACCUUUGUCUCUCCACCACUCGCCGCCGUCCGUACGAGGAAGAGGACCCUCUUCUCCUCCCGUCCCGACCCGGAGCUCCGCCGCCGCCGCGGCCGCCGCCUGACGCGCGCCGCCGCGUCCCUGCCCCCCUCCGCAAUCUCCGGAACCCGGGUGUUCGAGAUUUCAUCAUGCUUUCCCUGUGGUGUUGGGCGCCCGCAUUCGGUAUAGCAUUCGAGAGAGCCGUCGUUCUGCGGCCGCGAAAGUUCAACUCUCUAGUGGUUUGCGGUGCCAGGGGUCCGAGGCCGAGAUAUCCUCGCGUGUGGAAAACUGAUAAGAGAAUCGGAACCGUGUCCAAGUCGCAGAAGCUUGUCAAAUGUAUUAAGGGUUUGUCUAAUGUAAAGGAGGAGGUUUAUGGUGCUCUUGAUUCAUUUGUUGCAUGGGAACUGGAGUUUCCCUUGAUAGCGGUAAAGAAAGCACUGAAGACGCUUGAAGAUGAGAAGGAAUGGAAAAGAAUAAUUCAGGUUAUCAAGUGGAUGUUCAAUAAAGGUCAAGGGAAGACCAUGGGAAGCUAUCAAACUUUAUUAAAUGCUUUAGUCGAGGAUGGACGAAUUGAGGAAGCAGAAGAGCUAUUUCAAAAGAUAUUCUCGAGAUACAUGGAGGGUUUGCCCCGUAUUUUUUUCAUGAAAAUAAUCUCCUUGUAUUACAGAUUGGGGUCAUACGAGAAGAUGUUUGAGGUUUUUGCUGAUAUGGAAGAGCUGGGUGUUCGACCUGAUACCUCGAUUGUCAGGAUGCUCGGUGAUGUAUUUAUGAAGCUAGAGAUGUUGGACAAAUACGAAAAGUUAAAUAGGAAAUAUCCACCGCCAAAAUUUGAAUACCGAUACAUCAAAGGCAAGCGCAUAAGGAUAAGGGUUUAUCCAGACGAUAGUACUGAAGAGGUAACACAGAGAGACUCUGGUAGAGAUGAACCGGAAGAUGCAGGAAGCAUGAAUCCUGACAAUGAAUUGAAAGAAGUGCCAGGAACAGGCCUGGACAUGAAUGUAUUAGGCGAUGCGGCUUCUGGAGACCUUGAAUUUGUGUAGCUCAGAACUUGAAUGUGGCGUUUUCGUGUCUGCUUCAUCAUAGCAGUUGUGCCGCAACUCUUUCAAUAAUCUAGCAAUAUUAGGCCACUCUUGCCAUAUUUGGAAACAACAGCUGUCCAGCAAUUUGACUGAAGAUGUCCAGCUGUUCAGUAAAUGAUAUGGUAUGUUCUAGGGACCUGAUGAUAGUUCAUUUCCAGGACAAGCUUUAUUUAAUUUUCUUCAGAAAGAUAUGUAGUUAAUCAUCUUUGGCAUGAGGCAGGAUACAGUCCUUGAUGUCUUUGUUGUGUUGUAUUCAUCAAGAAUUGUGCAUUGGUGCGGGAGAGAGGCAGCUCAUCCUGGAUACAUUGCAAGUUUUCACCAUGUCCUGAGACGGAUGGACUUAAAAUCCUGACUACGGUCACACGAGAUGCUUUGGGUAAUGUUCAACUGUUUCAGGAAACAUGUACAAGUAUUAUUUGUAGCACUAGCAUUAGACAGUAGUACGUAUCUGAAAUGGAAUGGUUGUACUAGAAAACCUUAGAUGUUAGUAAUAUCGAUCGGGUGUUGUAGAUGAAUCUUUUGCCGCUUUCAGCGUCGUCUUACAUUACCUCCUUGUUUGAAAAAACGUGAAGCGCCAGUUCA